ACACCAAGGAAGCAUACAUAUAUCCAAUCUCAAAGUUUGAAAACUUCAAACCAAGAUUAGCACCGAUACUUAGCACCUACGAAAUCAAUCACAGAAUUUGGGAUAUCCCUCAAUACUUUUUCAAAAAAGAUAUCAUAACAGGAUCCAUUAAAUUCAGUCCUAUUGAGUACAUCCAGAUGCAAACAACAGAACCAUACAA